UGUGGGUGAAACACACCUGCGUCCUCAUCCAGGCAGGUUCGUUCCGGCUGAGGUUGAUUCGAGCUUCUUCGUUACUGCAGUAUGAGGACCUGGCGCAUUACGGCGGCGUGAUGGACGGGGUGGGCGUCGGCGUGUACGGAGACCCCCACGUACACCACCACCUGAACCACGCCCACCCACCACACCCCAACCAGCCCUACAUGAACUCGCACGGCCUGGUGGCGGGCAUCGUGGGCGCCGGCGGGAACGACUCGCUCAAACGGGAGAAGGAUCAGAUUUAUGGACACCCCUUGUUUCCGUUACUGGCGCUGGUCUUCGAGAAGUGUGAGUUAGCCACGUGUACGCCGAGAGAACCGGGCGUGGCCGGAGGAGACGUGUGCUCGUCCGAUUCCUUUAACGAGGACAUCGCCGUGUUUGCCAAACAGAUUCAGGCAGAAAAACCGUUUUUCUCAUCCAACCCAGAGCUGGAUAAUCUGAUGGUUCAGGCGAUUCAGGUCCUGCGUUUCCACCUGCUGGAGCUGGAGAAGGUGCACGAGCUGUGUGAUAACUUCUGUCAGCGCUACAUCAGAUGUCUGAAGGGGAAGAUGCCCAUCGACCUGGUGAUCGACGACCGCGACGGCUGCAAGUCCGACUACGACGACUUCUCCUCCACCAACCUCACCGACCACAACUCUGUAUCCUGGAGGGAUCUGGAUGAUAAUCGCUCCACUCCAUCCAUCGGCACACCGGGACCCUCCAGCGGCGGCCAUGUUUCUCACAGCGGAGACAACAGCAGUGACCUCGGAGACGGCCUGGAGAACUGCCUGGCGUCCCCGAGCACGGGUGACGAGGACGACCCCGAUAGGAAGCGACAGAAGAAACGAGGCAUCUUCCCCAAGGUGGCCACCAACAUCAUGCGGGCGUGGCUCUUCCAGCACCUCACACAUCCAUAUCCAUCAGAAGAGCAGAAGAAGCAGCUGGCUCAGGAUACCGGACUCACCAUCCUGCAGGUCAACAACUGGUUCAUUAACGCUCGCAGACGAAUCGUCCAGCCCAUGAUCGACCAUUCCAACCGAGCAGUGGGUCAAGGAACUCCGUUCAGUCCCGAUCCUCAGACGAUGGGGAGCUUCAUGCUGGACGGACAGCAGCACAUGAGCCUCCGACCGCCCGGUCCGAUGGGAGGAAUGGGCAUGAACAUGGCGAUGGAUGGACAGUGGAACUACAUGUAACCAGCUCUUCGUGGCAGCAGAUCGUUCGGACGCCGUUCACAUCGAAUCAGAAGGAGGACGAGGACGCCUCAUCUGAUGUGAUCUGAUGUGAUCUGAUCUGAUGUGAUCUGAUCUGAUCUGAUCUCCUGAGCUUUUGUUUCUGGUGUUUUUGUAAUGAAAUAAUUUAAAUCGAUUGGUUAAUAAUUUAUUUAUUGGAGCUUUUGAAGAGGUUUCUAUACUUUCUGGAUGAUGGAUGAUGACCUGUGGCUGUACAGAUGAAUUUAAUGUAAACUUUCUGUCCCGGUGUUUAAACCUUAAACUGAAUUUAAAUCAGUGAUUCAUUUGAUUUGAUGAUUUUAAUUUCAUGUGUUUCAUGUUUUAUGAUCAUUUACGUUUCACACCUUCUUGUAAUAAAAGUUCUUUU